AUGACAGAGGAGGGCGAACUGCUACAAGACUGGGCCGAGAGGCCGCAGACUCGAGCGGCGGUGGUGGAGGCGGCGGUAGCGGAGGCGGCGGUAGUGGGAGGCGGCAGUAGGAGGCCAGCCUCAGCCAUGUCAGGAGCUCCGCCCUUCUCGGGGCCUGGCUUCCCCGCGCUCCGCUACGUCCGCUGCGCCAACCUUACCGACAACCUUACCGAAGUGUCCUUCUGCGGCAAUGUCUCCUUCCAGAUACUGGGCGAGGAAGAGCCCGAAGUCAUGGUCAUGGAAAACAUCGUUUCCAUCGUUGUACCCAUCCUUUUCGGCCUCAUCGUUGUACUCGGCCUCUUCGGCAACGCUCUGGUUGUCAUUGUCGUAGCGGCCAACCAGCAGAUGCGGAGUACUACCAACCUUCUCAUCAUCAAUUUGGCCGUUGCCGAUCUCCUUUUCAUCAUCUUCUGUGUCCCCUUUACCGCUACUGAUUACAUCCUUCCAUUCUGGCCCUUUGGAGACGUCUGGUGCAAGAUGGUCCAGUACCUCAUCGUGGUAACAGCCUAUGCCAGUGUCUAUACUCUGGUUCUCAUGUCGCUGGACAGAUUCCUGGCGGUGGUCCAUCCUAUAGCAUCCAUGUCAGUAAGAACAGAGAAGAACGCUAUCACUGCCAUUCUUGUAACGUGGAUUGUAAUCGUAGUCGCCAGUAUUCCUGUGUUCCUCUGCCACGGAGAGGUCAACUACACCUAUUCUUCAAUGGAGCACACUGCCUGCGUUUUCUUGGACAGGGACACUCACGUCCCGAACGGAUUCAACAAGCUCGCAUUUCAGGUAACUCAAAAUAUUAUUUAA